AGCCGGCUUUAACAAUGGCGAACCGCUUCUCUUUCCACUCACAGCUCUCCACCAUCAUGGAGACGAUGGCCAGGUCUGCCCUGAGUCAGAUAUGCAAGCUGGUGGAUGAAGACACGGCGGAGCUCCGGCUGCGGUUGUCUCAGCUCCUGGUGGCUAACACCGCCCUGGCAGAGAAAGUGAACAGCCUGGAGUGCGAGCUGACCAUUGUGAGAAGCGACUCCCCCAGACUGUGUAAAAGUUAUCGCAGCGUAGGUGUACAAACUGUGUGCCACGGGGACGGGGACGCUUAUGGGUCUGGGUCGCCCACCAUAGAGGGGAUCUUUGGGAAAGAUUGGUGUAUGAAUCUGUGGAAAGACAGAGACCCGUGCAGUGUGGAGAGAGACUCACCGCAGUCCUCUGAGUUCACGGCGACACUGUCCAACCACAUUACUGUGACUGAGAUCAAAGAGGAGGAUGUGGAGGACGCUACCAGCAGCUGCCAGCAGGAAGCACUUAGUACAGAAGCAGAACAUAAAGAAAGCAUGGCUGAGGAACCAGAGCAACCGUCAGUGGGUAUCUCAGCCGACGGCAGCACUUGCAGCCUGCCGUUUGAUCCGGAUGCAGAGCCGGCUGUGUGUGCAGGCGGUAUGGAAGAAGAGUCCAUGCAGCUGAUUUGCAUCAGUGACUCAGAGGAAGCCUUCAGCUCUCAUAUCAUUCCAAUAGAGGAGGAGGAUGAUGAUGACGAUGACAAUGUAGAGUUUGUUACAGAAAGUCAGCAAGAGCCGACGAUGAACGCUGAAUGUGGGCCCAGUAAUGAAGAACAGCACACUUUACCUGCAGACAACUCAGACAACAGCACAGCUCCAGAUGAACACACGGGUGACGACUUUAAUAUGCUUCAGGUAGAAAGCACAAGAGCCCCGGACAAUGGGAAAUUCAGUUGUGAAAUAUGUGGCAGGACGUUCUUCCACAAAGGCACCCUAACACACCACAUGAAGUCCCACAAGUCCAACUUUUGCAACAUUUGUAAGCAGCACUUCCCUCGCCGGCACAAGUUCAACACGCACACCUGCGUGCCCCCGGCUCCCUCUCAGCCGGUCAGCAGAUCAUGCGAGCUGUGUGGGAAGACCUUUGCGAAUCCAUCAGCUCUGAGGAUUCACUACCUCGUCCACACGGGAGAGAAACCACACAGGUGCAGCUUCUGUGGGAAAGGGUUCACCCAGAAAGGCAAUCUGAAAUGUCACCUUCGUAUCCAUACUGGAGAGAGACCGUUCUGCUGUGUCAAAUGUGGGAAGACAUUCACGCAAAAGGUCAACCUCAACCAUCACUUAAUGUCGCACAGAAAACAAGAGUUCCCCAAGGCUAGGAGACAUCAACCUGUCAGGGACUGACAAGAACUAUAGCUUUAUUUAUCUGAAUGCGUCAUGUGGUACUCAUGUUAGUGUAGGGGCAUUUAAUGCCAUGUUUGUA